GUCUUAAGCCACCACCUGCUCAACAUGUUUGCGCUGCCUCCUCCAGAUGAAGACGUUGACUGGCUGGUGAGCCCAGUUCUCAACAGAAAGGGAAAGAAGUCCUUGCCUGUCUCAGACAGUUCCAGUUCCAAUGUGCUUGCAGCCCUGUCUAAGAGACAGAAGAAGCAGAAGUCGCACAGUCAGUCCCGGCUGCCUGGUCGUGGUGGAGAUGUGGGAGAAGUCAACCAUGGCCUUGUGGCAGUUGAUGGUUGUGAUUGGGAGCUGCCCUGCCCAGAUGAUGGCAUGAUCUUUGAGGAGGACAUUGUGAUCCUUGAGGAUGAAGUUAUCAAAGAGCCAAUGGGUAGAAUGGUGCAGCAAGUUCCCCAUGUUUCCACGCCGGCAGGUUGCCAAGAGAUGUUGAUGGAGUUCUUUUCACCUCCAAGAAUUGUCCCUGUUUGCCAGUCACGAGGCUGGCCAGCUUCUUGCAGCUGGGACAUUACCCAUGGAUGGGAUGCCAACAACCCGCACGACCGUCAGCGGUCAUUCCAAGCUCUAGAUGAGUUGGACCCUCUCAUGACUACUUUGAGCCCUGAGUGCACAAUGUUCAGUGUGAUGCAAAACUGCAACAAGAAGAAGGUGGACCCCCGUGUGUUUGCAAGACGUUUGGCAGAAGCUGUGCAACACAUGAACCUCUGUGCAGAUAUUUGCAAGCGUCGUGCUCAUAGAGGGAGGUACUACCUCUUGGAGCACCCAUCGGGUGCUUCAUCGUGGCAUUUACCUUCAAUCGAAGAGGCCAGAAGCAUGCUUGGUGCUUACUUGGUGUCGUUCCCUCAAUGCCAGUAUGGCUUGAAAGCCCCAAAUGGCAAGCCAAUGCGCAAGCUGACGCGAUUCCUCACCAAUUCGAGACAUGUUGCAGAAGAGUUCUCCAAGAAGAAAUGCACAUGUGCAGAGCACCAACCCAUUGAAGGUUCCUGUCAAGGACACAAACUUUCAAAGUGGGCUCAGGUCUACCCUCAGCCCUUGAUCAAUGCCAUUGUUGACUGCUGUGAGCGUGAGCUUCGGGACCAGUAGUCUUGCAGGCUACUUUGUGUUCAGGCUUGCGAUGGUCAGGCAAUACCAAACUUGGUACAGUAGAAGACUUGGGG